UAUGUUUUAUGAGGAGGAGUUGCCGAGUGGGUAAGGCGGCAGUGUGUUAGCGCUUACUGUCGCUGGUUCGACACUCGGUUAUGGGCGCUCUGUUUGCUGGGCGAGCUAUCGUCUGGUGAAAGGAGCCGCCAUCCCCCUCUCCGGCGACGGACUGACGACCUGUCCCGGAUAGCGAAUUCGUCAAGAAACCAUCUCAUGAUGGAACCGUUGAACCUUCGUUAAGCUACAUGAUGAUGAUUAUGUUUUAUUUAGCUUCAAAUAGAAAAAAAAUGGACUUUCUGUAUCCAUGCAGUCUGUGCACAGAAACAUUUUCAUUGAGAAUACAUAUUAUAAAACACAUACAGACUCAACAUCCAAAUAGUCUUCCAAAGACUUUUCUAAAUAGUGAAUCUUUCUACUGUUCAUCGUGUUACAAACAAUUUAACAACAAAAGUCUAUUAAAAAAACAUAUUCGGUUGAAACACAAAGCAUUAGCUUUUGUUGUCAUGUUGUCAAGUUUGUACAACAUAAGCUUAAGUGAGCUAAAAAUGUGGGCCAAAGAUCAGCAAAGCCAAAUUAAGUCCGAUGAGUGUUCAUGGAGUCUUGAUGACUGUUUAUUUUUAAAGGAGUUACUACCAGAUAGAUAUGAUUAUCGGUUAAUAGAUUAUAAAAAAUUAUUACAUGGACAUUUUAAAGCAAAAUUUCAAGUAAACGAUUUAAGUAAAACAUCAUUUCCAAAUUGGCUCAAUAUUCUGUGUACUAAGACUAAAGUUUUGUAUGAUGUUAAAUCAUCACAAAGCAAUCCUCAGAGUAAUUCAUAUUAUAAAGUAUUCAGAUGUAAGUGUGACAAUUACUGGAAUCUCAAAACCAAGUCUCCGUUUGUAAAUAAAACUAGAUGUAAUUCCAGUUUAACUGUUCUCAUAAAAAACCCCAACGUAAAUUUAAAUACUCAAACGAAAACUGUUAUUUUGAUGAAACAUUGCCAUUAUCAUCCUUUCAAUUGGCAUAACGAAUUAAACAGUGUUCAUUGUGUGUACGAUGAACUGUCGACGAUGUUAAGUCAAGGAAGUACAGCCGCAGCCGUAAUGCACAAAUAUAAGACACAAACUUUGUGCAACAAGAGUAAACGUCAUUUUUUAAACUCGGCCAUUUUUGGAACUAAGCCGGAUGCUGAAUUUAUCUUUGAUUUAUAUUAUAUGUAUAGUAACGAGACCAUAUUCGUUUCACCUCUUGCCAAAUGUUUGAAUUCGUUAUUGGAGAUGGUAAAAUAUUACAACAAUGUCAAUAGCGCCGAAUGCGCUUUAGUUAAUUUGGUAGACAACGCAAUCGUAGUGACCAUUCGUACUCCCGCUAUGAAACAAAAAUCUGAUACAGUGUUUGUAUGCUCGACUAAUUGUCGUAACUGUAUAACGUGGUUUCUGCUUAGUUUAUGCGAUAAUGGUGGUACGGUACCGUAGGGGUUAUAAUUGCCACAAAAGAAACCGAAUUUGUACUGAAAACUGGUUUAGACUCAUGGAAACAACUGGGAGGUACUGUGAAAACCAUUCUGGUAGAGUUUGAUUACGUUGUGAUAUUCC